GAACCACUUCAGUCCAGCAGAGAUUGAAGGUUUUCUGUAGAACUAGAUACAGUAGGCCGUAUCAACUCUAAAUUCAAAGCCAUUUUAACACAACAGUGCAUGAGAGUGCAAGGACAUGAGGAGCCUAGCAAUCCUUCUCACCCUAACUGCAUUUGCAGUAGUGGCUCAAGCUACUGUGUACUGUCGUCCAAGAACAUGCUCUAAAGGAUAUUACUUCAACUAUCGCAUAUGCGCCUGUGACACGUGUCGAAUCACCACCUGCCCAACUGGACAACGCUUCAACGCACAGAAGUGCAGGUGUGAGUGCAUCUACCGUCAAUGCUCAGAUGGGAAGGUUUUCGAUCAACACUCCUGCCAGUGCAAAUGUCCUAGUCAGCUUUACUGUGCCAGGCCGAAAGAGUUUAACUCAGACAAUUGUCAAUGUGAGUGCCCGGGAGACCAAACCUGCAAAGCUCCGUUUGUAUACAACCAGAAGCUCUGCCGAUGUGUGUGCCCACGAAGACAAUACUGUCCAGCUGGUCAAGUGUUCAGCUUCAGAAGCUGUGGAUGCGUUUGUCUUUUUCAGAGAGAUUGCCCCGAGCCCCAAGAGUUCAAUUCCGAGACCUGCCAAUGUAGAUGCCCUGCAAUUAAGCUGUGCGUGACUCCAAAAGUGUUCAGUAGCAAAAGCUGCGAUUGCGAGUGCCCCAAGAAGCCUGAGGCCUGUCUUUACUCAGCACAAAGGUACAAUACAGAUUUGUGUCGAUGUGAAUGUCCCGUGGUUCGAAGGUGUCCACCUAGCCAAAUCUUCAACUACAAAACAUGCCGAUGUGAAUGUCCAACACCAAAGCCUAAGUGCACCGCAGCACAAGUCUUUGAAUCCAUCUCUUGUCAAUGCAAAUGUCCAAACAAACCUUCAAAAUGCCCAUAUCCUCAGCAGGUAUUCGAUGAACAAUUGUGUCGCUGCAAAUGCCCUAAAUAUCAGACCUGUCCCACAGGACAAGUGUUUAAUGACCAGACUUGCCAGUGUGAAUGUCCAAAGCCAAAGCCGACAUGUACCAAAGCUCAGGUAUUCGAUGAGAACUCUUGUACUUGCAAAUGCCCUUAUAAACCAUCGCAAUGCCCGUAUGGCCAGAUAUUCGAUUCUGAUACGUGUCAGUGCAGAUGUCCAGAAAUCCUGAAAUGCCUUGGAGGACAAGAAUUCGAUUCCACUUCCUGCAAAUGCCAAUGUCCCAGACCCAUUCCAAAAUGUUAUCCUAAUCAAAGGUUCAAUGACGUUUCCUGUGAGUGUGAGUGCCCAAAAGUGCCCGAAUAUUGUCCAUACCCAAACCAAGUGUUCAACAACACGAUUUGCGAAUGUAGAUGCCCUAAAGAACUGACUUGCCCGAAAGGACAACAAUUUAACUCUCAGAAAUGUGUCUGUGAGUGUCCUUACCCGUACCCAACAUGCACACCCAAUCAAGAAUUCAAUUCUUAUACCUGUCAAUGCGAGUGUCCCCGAAAACCAGCUGGAUGUCCCUACUCUGCUCAGAUAUACGACAAUGAACAGUGUAAGUGUGUUUGUCCUGUCGUUAAAAAAUGCCCCGGAAACCAGCGAUUCAACCGAAAGACGUGCGAGUGUGAGUGUCCCUAUCCUAGACCAUCCUGUACCAAAGCUCAAGUCUUCAACGAGAUAUCAUGCUUGUGUGAGUGCCCAAACAAGCCCAAGACGUGUCCAUAUCCUGCUCAAGAAUUCAACGAUAAGACGUGUACCUGUGUGUGCCCAGAUGGUGAAGAAAGAUGUUAUGGAGGCCAGGUUUUCAAGAAAGACAUAUGCGCCUGCGCUUGUCCAACCACGCUAAAAUGUACAUCCCCCCAAGAGUUCAACACUAAAUCAUGCCAAUGUGAGUGCCCAGAUCGACCAGAGUACUGUCCAAGAGGCAAAACAUUUAACGAGUAUACUUGUAAAUGUGAAUGCCCAACUCCCCCAAAAUGCAAAGGUAAUACAGUUUUUAACGAAGACACUUGUGCGUGUGAGUGCCCCUACCCACCAUCCUGCUACAAACCACAAGUCAUCGACCCGAUUGAAUGUACCUGCGGCUGCCCAAACAAAGUCGACUAUUGCCCCUACUCCCCACAAAUAUUUGACCAACGUACUUGUACCUGUAGGUGCCCCAAAGAUUUAACGUGCGUAUCCCCACAGAGGUUCGACCCCACCACUUGUGAAUGUAGUUGUCCCGAUCCACACAGAACAUGCCCAGAUAAGAAAAUCUUCGAUUCUUACACAUGUAAAUGCCGAUGUCCAAAACAAAUUACCUGCCCAGGCAACCAGAGGUUCGAUGAUAGUACCUGCGAUUGCGUUUGUCCUGACACAGGAUACUGCCCAAAAGGUCAGACCAGAAAUCCGCUAACUUGUAGAUGUGAGUGUCCAGCGACUAAAUGCCCCGGAUCUCAAGUACUUGACGAGCACACCUGCGAAUGCACAUGUCCCCACACUCACAAAUGUACACCCCCAGCCACCUUUGAUCCCUACACUUGUGAAUGCUCCUGCCCUGUCAAGACAUGCCCUCAUGGCCAGUACUUUGACAAGGAUACUUGUAGCUGUGUAUGUAGCUACAAACCAUCCUGCCCCAAAAACAAAGUGUUCAACACGAAAACUUGUGAGUGUGACUGUGCUUGGGUUGAAACUUGUCGAUCUCCACGAUAUUUUAGCCAUGAUUCAUGCGCUUGCGAAUGUCCUACCCAGAAAGAUUGCCCUGGCAACCAAGAGUUCGAUCAAGACGAGUGUAGAUGCAAAUGUAACAAGAGCCCCUAUUGCGCAGCAAAUUUUGUUUUCGACCACCAGCAAUGCGAAUGUGCCUGCAACCGUCAAUGCAACCACCCUUUAACCCUCGACAAAACCACGUGCAAUUGUGUGUGCGAGAGACAGUGUGGUCCUGGGAUGAAGCUAACCAGUGGCUGUGAAUGUGUGCCUCUAACCUGCAGCAAUGCUAAGACAUCCAAGGAAUGCUAUGAAGCUAGAUGCGACCACUACCCCAACAAGUAUUGCACAUACACCCACAACAACCUGUGCCUAUGUCCCUGCUGCCUCACUAAGUCUGACCCUCGUCAUGGUGCAUGGUGCUUGGACUGGUCGAGAUACGGGGAACCACAAUGUGCUUACGGACAGAAUGCUGACUUCUGUAAAUGGGUCUGCUAAGUCAGCACUCAACUACCAUAGCUAUCAGAACAAGUACUGCUGUAGAAUAGUGUUAUUGUGUGCAUGGAACUCAUAUUACUUGUAGGAAUAGUUUGCUCAGAUCACUAAAUGUGGAACUGUACGAAGUAAAUUCAUCAGUUUUUCAAUGCUCAUUACGAUAAGAUAUUGGAUUUUCGUUUUUA